GGGAGAGCGAUAUAGUGAAUGCGGGGUCUGGGGAGAGCGGAUAUAAGCCAGGGGUCCAGGGAGAGUGGAUAUAGUGAAUGCAUCCGGGGAGAGCAGAUAUAGUGAAUGCGGGGUCCGGGGAGAGCGAUAUAGUGAAUGCGGGGUCCGGGGAGAGGGGGAUAUAGUGAAUGCGGGGUCCGGGGAGAGCAGAGUGGAUAUCUGGGUGAGCAGAUAUGUGAAUGCGGGGUCCAGGGGUCCGGGGAGAGAGAUAUAGUGAAUGCGGGGUCCGGGGAGAGUGGGAUAUAGUGAAUGCGGGGUCCAGGGAGAGUGGAUAUAGUGAAUGCGGGGUCCGGGAGAGUGGAUAUAGUGAAUGCAGGGUCCGGGAGAGUGGAUUAGUGAAUGCGGGGUCCGGG